AUGGCGAAGGGGAAUUCCAAACUCAGCGAGGGUGACAUGCAGCGUGCCCGCACCCUUCGGAUCCUGAGCGACCUCCGUAUGCAGCCCUUGAAGUCGUUGCCCAUGACACUCUUCCUGAUGUGGAUGGUUGGCAAUGACGUUGGCAUUUUCACCAUAAUGUUUGUAGGCAUGGCUGUGGUGAACCCUCUGCAGAGCAUCUUUGGCACGGGUGACGUUUUCAAAGACUUUGAAGAGGAGGCUAAGAAGGAUGCGAACAUACGGAGCGCCCUUAGUCAGUCCAAGCUGAUGUACGUUGCGUCCUGCCUGCUGGCGUUCUCAGUGGCUUUAGUGAAGUUGAGUUGGAUGGGACUUAUGCCAGUGAACGCGAUGGACUGGCUGGACAGCACACCGCCGGACUACAAGGAAUACACUCAGGGCUUCUUUACCCUCUGA